AUGGGGACCUUCACGAGCAGCAGCACCGCCCCGGCCUCCUGCAGCCGCAUCGCCGGAGCCACGAUGAUCGCGGGCUCCCUUCUCCUGCUUGGAUUCCUCAGUACCACCAGGGCUCAACCAGAGCAGAAGGCACCAAGUCUCAUUGGCAAAUACCACCACGUCGACCGCAUCACCGGCCAGGUGCUCACCUGUGACAAGUGUCCUGCAGGAACCUACGUGUCCGAGCACUGUACCAACAUAAGCCUGCGUGUCUGCAGCAGCUGCCCCACGGGGACCUUUACCCGACAUGAGAAUGGCAUCGAGAAAUGCCACGAGUGUAGUCAGCCGUGCCCCUGGCCGAUGAUCGAGAAAUUGCCUUGUACUGCCUUGACUGACCGUGAAUGCUCUUGCCCACCUGGCAUGUUCCAGUCGAAUGGGAGCUGCGCCCCCCACACGGUGUGCCCCGUGGGCUGGGGGGUGCGGAAGAAGGGGACAGAGAUGGAGGACGUGCGGUGCAAGCAGUGUGCUCGGGGGACCUUCUCCGAUGUGCCUUCCAGUGUGAUGAGAUGCAGAGUGUACACAGACUGUCUGAGUCAGAGCAUGGUGGUGAUCAAGCCGGGGACCAAGGAGGCAGACAAUGUCUGCGGCCCGCUCCCGUCCUCCUCCAGCCCCGCCCCGCCCUCCCCUGGCACAACCAGCCUUUCCCGCCCUGAGCACACGGAACCCCACGGUGUCCCUUCCUCCACUCUCAUUCCCAAAGGCAUCAACUCAACAGAAUGCAACUCUUCUGCCUCUGUUAGACCAAAGGUGCCAAGUGGCAUCCAGGAAGGGACAGUCCCUGACAACACAAGCUCAGCGAGCGGGGAGGAGGGCAUGAACAAGACCCUCCCCAGCGUUCAGGUAGUGAACCACCAGCAAGGCCCCCACCACAGGCACAUCCUGAAGCUGCUGCCGUCCAUGGAGGCCACUGGGGGUGAGAAGUCAAGCACUCCCAUCAAAGGCCCCAAGAGGGGCCACCCCAGGCAGAACCCACACAAGCAUUUCGACAUCAACGAGCAUCUUCCGUGGAUGAUUGUGCUUUUCCUGUUGCUGGUGCUGGUGGUGAUAGUGGUAUGCAGUAUCCGGAGAAGCUCGAGGACGCUCAAGAAGGGGCCCCGGCAGGAUCCCAGUGCUAUUGUGGAAAAGGCGGGGCUCAAGAAAUCCAUGGCCCCCACCCAGAACCGGGAGAAGUGGAUCUACUACUGCAACGGCCACGGUAUUGACAUCCUGAAGCUGGUAGCAGCCCAAGUGGGAAGCCAGUGGAAGGAUAUCUAUCAGUUUCUGUGCAAUGCCAGCGAGAGGGAGGUGGCCGCUUUCUCCAACGGGUACACAGCGGACCACGAGCGCGCCUACGCAGCGCUGCAGCACUGGACCAUCCGGGGCCCCGAGGCCAGCCUGGCCCAGUUAAUUAGCGCCCUGCGCCAGCACCGGCGCAACGAUGUGGUGGAGAAGAUCCGGGGCCUCAUGGAGGAUACGGCCCAGCUGGACACUGACAAGCUGGCUCUCCCCAUGAACCCCAGCCCACUCAGCCCCAGCCCGAUCCCCAGCCCCAACACGAAACUUGAGAAUUCCACGCUCCUGACGGUGGAACCGUCCCCUCUGGACAAGAACAAGGGCUUCUUCGUGGAUGAGUCUGAGCCCCUCCUUCGCUGUGACUCCACUUCCAGCGGCUCCUCCGCGCUGAGCAGGAACGGCUCCUUUAUUACCAAAGAAAAGAAGGACACAGUGCUGAGACAGGUGCGCCUGGACCCCUGCGACUUGCAGCCUAUUUUUGAUGACAUGCUCCACAUCCUGAACCCUGAGGAGCUGCGGGUGAUCGAAGAAAUUCCUCAGGCCGAGGACAAGCUGGAUCGGCUGUUUGAGAUCAUCGGAGUCAAGAGCCAGGAAGCCAGCCAGACCCUUCUGGACUCUGUUUAUAGUCAUCUUCCCGACCUGCUGUAG